AUGGAAGCAGCAUCUCCUCAAGGAAGAAGAACUUUGCAAAGAAUUCUUGCGAAAAAAGAAGCAGUUUUCGCGAAGUUCGCGCUGCUGCAGCAGCAGCAGCAGCAGCAGCAGCAGCAGCAGCAGCGGGACACUGCUGCAGUCGUUGCUGCUGACGCGGAAGCUGCUGCUCUCGCCAAGGAAGUCUGGGCUGCUGCUGAGGGCUGUUUGGCGGAAGUGAAGGCAGCAGAGUUGCUGCUGAGUUCGCGGGAAGCAGCGCAGCAGCAGGCAGUGCAGCAGCUGCAGCAGCGCGCAGCAGCAGCAGCAGCGCUGCUGCAGCAGGCGCAGCAAGACCUCGAAGCUGCUGCGCAGCGCAUGCAAAAGGAAUUCACAGGCCUCGUGCUGCUGCUGCCAGAGACAGUGGAAAACAUCUCCGGAGAAAAGAUUGCAAUGCAAGUCCUGGGGGAACUCCAGGACUUGCAAGUUUUUUUGGAAAAAGUUUCCGAAGUUACUUUAAAAGAAUCCCAAACUCUAAAUAAAACUAAGUCUUUUCCUUUUGCAUGCAGACUGGCUCGUGGGGUGUUUCAGGGGGCAGCGCGGGGUGUCAAGACACUCGCGGGAGCUGCUUCUUUGAAGGGCAGAUUUGUUCUUUACCAUUUAAUAGAGUCCGACAUAGCUCAGAGUGCAGACGCGCUGGCCCACGCGCAGCAGCAGCUGCUGCUGCUGCAGCAGCAGCAGCAGCGGCUGCAGCAGCAGCUGCAGCAGCAGGGCGCGGGGCGGGGCGCGCGCGAACCCGCGGAGCUGCUGCAGCAGCAGCAGCAGCUGCAGCAGGUCGUGCAGCAGCUGCAGCAGCUGCUGCAGCAAGCCAGGGAGGCACAAACUGCAGCAAGCAGCGCCACCAGGCUGCAGGAGUUUGCAGAAGCAGGAACUCUAAUGCACCAAGCAGCAGCAGACGUGCAGCUGCUGCUGCUGCAGCACAAAGUCCAGGAGGAGAUCAGCGGCCAGGCCGAGGAAGAAGAGGCGCAGCAGCAGCAGCAGCAGCAGCAGCAGCAGCAGCAGCAAGACGAGGAGCAAAUGCUCAAGUUCAGUGACAUUGAGCCCAUCAUCACUCCCGAGUUCGUCCAGGGAUUAGUCCGCAGGCAGCAGGAGAAGAACUUCAUCGAGCAGCAGCAGCGCAGGGAGCAGCAGCAGCAGCAGCAGCAGGAAGAAGAUGAAAUUGACUUGAAACUUGAAGAUGCAUUUUCUAGUGAAGAGGAUGAAGAUGAAGAAGAAGAAGAAGAAGAAGACUCCGACGAAGAAACCAGAACCUCCAUAUAG